AUGCACCGGCCGAUCCCAUGUCUCACCGCAAAUUCCACCUCCGAAACCUGGCGAACCACAGCAUUCACGGCCGCUGCAGCCCUUCUCUUCACAGCACAAGUCCUCCGGUGCACCCCCGAGGUUCUCCACCUGCUCAGCGGCCAUGACAGCCGUCGUGCCUGUGCCGUUUGGGGUGCUGAGGGCAUCGGCAAGUCGGCCUUUGCGGUGGAGUUCGCUCACUUUGCGACCGCACCGGGGCGUCCCUUCUCGUGCUCUUCGCAGAUUCUCAAGAUUGAGUCGAGUGGUGCUGUCAGUGUGGCCCACUUGCUGCUGGAAGGGCUUGAGGCCUUGGCCAACCAGCUCGAGGUUUCCUUGCGGCCUUUCUCUGGCGAUUCAAGGAGUUCCUUGUGCUCUUGUCAAUCGGCCCCACAGUCUGUCAGGAAGAUUGCCGCGAGUAGACGUGCCAGCCAGUGCCAGCACCUGGCAGCGCCCAGGGAGUGGGCGAAGCUACGAGUCAUGACAAAUGGUGGAUAUGACUCCGUGAAGCGUUUUGUGGACGUUGAUGGGCCGGGAGUUGUACAGACGGAAAGCUCAAAGAGGCCGGCCGAUCCGAGUGAUCCUGGGCUCGGGCUCGGCGUCUUCGUCCAGGACCCUGCGACAGAGCAGCAAAGUCUCUCAGACGACCAUGUCGAUGUCGAGGAGGAAUGGGAACAGCUGGACCCAACUUCUGCAAUCUUGGAAGCUAUGAACUCGAAAGAGUCUCCGGCAGACACAGUGGAACGAGUGGCAGACUACUCUUCCACGGCACUGACGCUACCUCCGGGCUUGCACAGCGAGAUGGAAGCUCCCAUCGAGCUGGAAGAAAGCUAUCAAGGCUAUUAUGGCUUUCAAUAUGGGCAUCCCAUGCCGGGUCAGGUCUCCGAUGGUGGGAUGUUUCAUGGAUCGUGGCAGUCGCCCGGCUACACAUACUACGAGGAGCAGUGGCAAAUUAACCCUGCAACAUUCAUUUCUGCAUUUGGCUAUUGCGACGCUGGAUAUGACUUCUCGGUGCCAACGAAAGCCGGAAAGCCUCGAGGUCGUGGCAAGCACGCGGAGAUGUCAGGUUUGUGGAUCACGCAUGAGAAGAUGGGUUCGCUGUCCAGCCAGACCUACGAAAGGCCUGCCCAGGGGGUGGACACCAGCGACCCGCGCCGAAUCGUGUGGACCCUCGAGAAAGCCAGCCUGACCAGCAAGAACAAAGACCGGGAGAAGGUCUCGCCAUCCUUUCGCAUCCCGAUGGGCAGCCACGACGUUGAGUUCAAGCUGAACCUUUUUGCAACGUCGGUGUCAUCUAACCGCCACUGUUCUUCAUUCAAGAAGGCCAAGGGGAAAGGAUGUGUGGCAUUGAGAUGUGUCCAAAGCAUCAAUGACUGCACACAUCCGACGCUAAAGUUUCGAGUUAUUCUCGGUGACGAAGGAUCAGUAUCUAAGCAGACGUCACCCUUUAUUGAGCACGACUUCGCAGAGAAGCAGAUUUGCAACAUCCCGGCGCCCCUGCACGCCUCGAGAGGGGAAGAGGAGUGGGACUUCCUCAACGCCGAUGCUGACAAGCUCACUUUUGUGGUUGUUCUCGAAGUGGCCGCACCGAGCACUUGA